AUGCAGGUCCUCUCCAACCUGGGCCUGGGAGAUGACAUGGAGCUGGAGCUGCGGACACUUCAGCUGCCAGUGGAUUACAGGGAGGUCAAGCAGAAGAUCACCAGAAUCUGGGAAGAUCUUCAACCACAACUCGCAGUGCACGUGGGGGUGGACUCCUCAGCCAAAGCGAUCGUUCUGGAACAGUGCGGCAAGAACACAGGCUACCGGGAUGUGGACGUCCGGGGUUUCCGGCCAGAGGGCGGUGUUUGCCUGUCUGGUGGCCCGAGAGUAAUCAUGUCUGAGGUCAGCAUGAAAGCUGUCUGCAAGCGUGUCUCACUGAAGGGCGUCGAGGUGCUCUUUUCCCGAGAUGCGGGCAGAUACGUCUGCGAUUACACCUACUACCUGUCGCUGCAUCAUGGAAAUGGGCGGGCAGUGCUCAUCCAUGUCCCACCAUUAUCACCGUGGCUCCGGGCCAGCCUGUUGGGAAAAGCCUUACAAGCCCUUGUGCGGGAGAUGCUGGAGGAGAUGGGGGAAGCCCGAGCUAGAAGACUGGUUUGUGGUGCUUCGAGCCAAGGGGAACCACUUGGGGCUCAGAUCCUUUAG